AUGGGGAUGAGGGUUACUCGAGUUCAUGAGGCCGCAGGCUGGAAGUGGUGUGUGGGAGAUGAUCCACCGUGCCAAAAUACAAAAUAUGCACCUGUCGCCUCAGAAGUGGCCCCUCAGCGAUUGUUCCAGACCUCCUCCAGGUACCGGGUCGAGCCAGUGAAGCGAAGGCGGGUGAUAGCAGUUUGGAUCCAGAUCGGGAAAGCUGUUCCAGACCCAGAGAAGCAAGGCGCUGCUGUAGCUGUGAUCCUGCCCCUAACCCUGACCCUGAGCCUGACCGUGAUCGUGCUCCGAGGUUGCUGUUGGUGUGCCGAGCUCUGCUCCUUGCUUGCCCCGAUGUCUCCCAAAGCCUCUCGGAAACCCCAGGCAGGUGGCCCCGAGGUCCCAUCUCAAGAGGCCCAGGCCCUGGUGGGGAGCUCCGAGAUUGAGAUCCAGCCCCAGCCCCAGCCCCAGCCCCAGCCCCAGCCCCAGGCAGGUGGCCCCGAGAGUCCAGCCCCGCUCCAGUCCCAGGCUAGCACCUUGGAGGGCCUGGCCCCGACUCAGCCCCAGGGGGAAGGAACCUCCGAGGUGGAGCCCCAGCCCGGGCUCUCUUCCGAGUCCCAGUCCCAGCCCAAGCAGGAGCCGUCCUCCGGCUUCCAGCUCCAGGCGAGGCUCCUCGAAGACCCAUUCGAGACCCAAGCCGGCCCCUCGGAGGCUGCCCAGCUCGAGGCCGGAGCCCUGGCGGCCCAGACCCUGGGGCAGCUGGAGGCAGAAGCGGGCGCCCCGAAGCCUCCAUUCCGCGUGGGCGACCAGGUGCUGUCACUGCACGGCUCGCUGCUCUAUGAGGCCAAGUGCGUGCGCGUGGCAGAGGCAGCUUGCGGGGCGGCGACCGAAGCCGAGGCCGGCUCCCUCACCUACCUGAUCCACUACACGGGCUGGAACAAGAACUGGGACGAGUGGGUACCCGCGAGCCGUGUCUUCGAGUACUCGGAGACCAACGUGCGGCGGCAGCGCGAGCUGCUGGUGGCGCACCAGGCCCAGCUGCCACCCGGCAAGAAGGGGCGCGGGGGCCUCCGUGCCAGGAAGACCCCGGGUCUGCAGCAGCGGGGCCCCGCGCCCGAGGCCUUGGGCGCUGGCGAGGGCGCCGGCCCCAGCCAGCUGUCCGCGGCCACCCCGGCCACCCGCCGCAAGCGCGCCCGCGCCGAGGCGGCCGCUGCCGAGAGCCGUGCUGCUGCUGGCGUGAGACCCGACGUGAAGGUGGAGAUCCCCGAGGAGCUGAAGCCGUGGCUAGUGGACGACUGGGAGCUGGUGACCAAGCACAAUCAGCUCUUCUCCCUGCCGGCGCGCAAGAACGUGGACGCCAUCCUGGAGGACUACGCGCGCUCUAGGACGGUCCCGGGCACGGCGGAAGAGAAGGCGUUCGCAGUCGUGGAGGUGGUGGCCGGCAUCAAGGAGUACUUCAACGUGAUGCUGGGCACGCAGCUGCUGUACAAGUUCGAGCGGCCGCAGUACGCGCAGAUGCUGGCCCAGCAUCCCGACGCCAGCAUGUCGCAGAUCUACGGCGCGCCGCACCUGCUGCGCCUCUUCGUGCGCAUCGGGGCCAUGCUGGCCUACACGCCCCUGGACGACCACAGCCUGGCACUGCUGCUCGGCCACCUGCACGACUUUGUUGGCUACCUGGCCGAGAACUGCGGGACCCUCUUCAGCGUGGGGGACUACGGGGAGGCGCCCCCCGAGUACCCGGAGAGGGCCGAGUGA